AUGGGUUUGGGAAUUCUGGAGGACCGAGUCCUUGAACAUGUCCCUGGCACAACACAAUACUUCGAUGACCCAGAGAGACCACAAUAUGCCACCGAGGGCACUCAUGAACACCUCAAAUGCGACCGAAGCGGCCCGGUGCCCAUCGUCCUCGUCCCUCGACCAACAGAUGACCCAAAUGAUCCUCUAAACUGGCCGCUCUGGCGCCGCGACCUCAUCACCCUCGUCCUCUCCAUCACCUCCGUCUUCGCCACGGCUUUAGGCCCCAUUCUCGCCGCUGACACCGUUCUCCUCGUCAGCACGCUCGAAAACGUCACCUUCGUCAAAGCCUCCCUCUUGACCGGUCACUUCCUCCUCGGCUGCGGCGCGAGUGCCUUCCUCUUUGUCCCGUCCAGUCGCAUAUGGGGCAAAAGACACUUAUUCAUUCUGGGCACGAUACUCCUGAUAGUCACGAGUGUGUGGACAGCUGCUUCAGGUAGUAAAAGCUACACGAACUUCCUAUGGUCGAGGAUCUUCCAGGGCGUCGCGGCCGCCCCCUUCGAGUCUUUGGUGAAUGCGGCCGUAGGCGACCUGUACUUUGUCCACGAGCGCGGCAAGCGCAUGGCUUUCACCAACCUUGCUGUUUUCGGCGGUGCUUUCUUUACUCCCAUUCUCGUCGGCAAGAUCAGCAACGACAUGGGCUGGCCGUGGACGUUUUGGUUCGUCGCCAUAUUCUCGGGCGUGUGUCUCCCGGCUAUUUUUCUCUUUUGUCCGGAAACCGCCUAUCCUCGUGACUCGACACCACGAUUCUCGGCGGCGGCGGCGGCGGCGGCAACGAAGAACGACAGCGGUCUUGACCAGGAAGCUAAAGAACACGCAGCUCCGUCCACGGACAGCACAAUCAUCCCUGAACCCCCCGCCGCCACCACCACCAAAGACGAAGUAAACCACAACACCUCAACCUCAACCGAAACCCAGAGGGACAUCCCACCAAAAGCAACCUUCAUUCAAUCCCUCGCCCUCUUCAACGGCCGCAAAUCCACCGACUCCUUCUGGAAACUCACCCUCCGCCCACUCCCCCUCCUCUUCCACCCGGCCUUCCUCUGGGCCUGCCUGAUCCAAGGCCUGCUAAUCGGAUGGACCGUCUUCAUCGGCGUACUAAUGGCCUUCUUCUUCAUUGCCGUGCCGCUGUGGUGGGACGAAGUGCAAACGGGGUACGCCUACACGGGGGCGUUUGUCGGCGCCUUGAUCGGGUUCGCUGUAGCUGGCGGGUUGUCGGACUGGUCUGCGCGCAAGAUGACAAGGUGGAAUGGCGGCGUGUAUGAACCCGAGUUUCGGCUGGUGUUGGUGCUGCCGCAGAUGGUGCUGGGGUGUGCGGGCUUGUACGGGUUUGGGAUCACGCUGGAUGGCAUGUUGUGGGGCAAGUAUCAUUAUGCGGUACCGCUGACUUUUUUCGGGCUGGAGGGUUUCACGGCCAUGAUCGUCUUCAAGAACUUCUUCAGCUUUGCCUUGACGUUCAAGGCUUGGCCGUGGCUUAUCCAGAGCAGUGUCAAGGCCGAGACGAUCUUUAAUGCAUUGGGAAGCGUGCAGCUGGUUGUUUGCUUGCUUACCAUUCCGUUGUAUAUCUACGGAAAGCGCUUGCGCAGUUUCUCCUAUCGCCACGACAUCCUGGAGCUUUGCCGGUUGCGGUAG